CGAAAAACAAUCUCUCCGUAAGAGAUCACCCUAAAAUGAAAGUCCAUAUAUAUACCAAGAAUUUGUGAAAAUUAUUUAAAUGAUGUGGAGUUUCCUUCAAUGAUAAUCGUGCUUGCAAAGUCCCAACUCUGAACUCCCAACAUAAACCCUAAACCCCAAUUUUGUUUCCCGAACUCCCAAGAAUAAACCCUAAUCCCCAAUUCUUCAACUCAUACUGUGAUUCGUGAUUGCAAUGCAAAGAGGAACCUGAGAUUUGCGGCUUGGAAGCAGGUCAUCAACGAUUAUUUAUUAAGGUACACAUUUGUUAACUAAAUCAAGAGCAACGGAAGAUUAUCUCGACCACCGGCUCAAGUUGAUCUACUUUUUGGGCCAUUUCUCUAAGAUAUUGUUACAUCUUUCUGUGAUAUUUCAUUAAUGUACUUUCUGGAGGAAGAGUCUGAAUAUGGGAGAAAAUGCAGCACAGAUCCAACGACAACUCACCGACCUUGAAAUUGAAGCUGAACAUCUUCUUUUGGCACGUCAUCAGGUUGUUGAAAAUGACAAGUUAAGAAAUGGGAACAGGGAAGCAUUAACAGCCCUUCGGAAGAAGGCCCGUACAACAAAAACUAGUGUUCCUUCUCCAUUUGAUUCUAUUAUGAAGGAAAUUGGGGGCCAUGGUUCCAAGACUUUAGUUCAAGAAGUCUGUCCAACCUGUGGGAAUCAUGACGUGACGGAGAACAUAUGGAUGAUAUUUCCUGGAACUGAUGUCUUUGCUCAGGUGCCCUUUCAUGCGGCUCAUACCAUUUUAGAGGAAGAUCAAGAACGGCUUGAUGCUGACUCGAAGAAGUUGCAUAACUUUGUCAAGGAGAAGUCUCUGAUAAUAUCGGAAAAGGGUGCUCUUGCUGACACGAUUAGCCCAGGGAUCCUUAGGUCGUUAGUCUCAUUAACUGACAAAAAGUAAACACUGUACAAAAUUUAACGGUUUUUAGCCCUGUUUUUUUGGUUUUGUACCUGUCUAGUUUUUUUGAUGUAAAACUAGAGAUUAUUGGGUGACGGAAUAUAAUUAAAUUGGGUUUUGGUAAUUCAAUUUUAAUUC